AUGAGCAACUAUCCGAAGAGAAUUUAUGUGCUUCCCGCACGUCAGCCACGUGUCAUCCCGAAAAGCUACGUGGCGGCACCGGUCCAAAGACCGAUGAAACGUCCGGUACCGGCGGAGCAAAUUGUCGCCGAACUUCUUGGAGAUGAUUUGGGACCGUCUGGACCACGGAAACGUGAACGAUUGAAUCAUUUGACUGCUGAGGAGAAAAUGGACAGAAGAAAGAUGAAAAAUCGAGUGGCUGCGCAAAAUGCGAGAGAUAAGAAGAAGGAAAGAUCCGGCAAAAUCGAAGAAGUCGUGGUUGAUCUCGUCGAAGAGAAUCGCCUGCUCCGUGUCGAGAACGAGAAGCUCCGCCGCCAAAAUGAGGAACUUUUGCGCCAACAAAGUCUUAUGAACAACACCGUCCAAAUUGUCAACGAACCCCCAAUGUACAUCAACACCGUCGAGAACAACGAGAACCUGGUCACCGAUUCGAACAUCUACUCGAACGUCGUCUAUGAGGAAGAAGUCGUCGAAGAGGUUGUCGGAGGAGGAGAUGAGCAAUGCGCCUUUGAAUCAGCUGUAUUCAUUAAUGCACCCCUGCCGUGGGACAAGGCCAACCGCUCAUCCACCAACACCGCCAACCAACCAAGACGUACGGAUUCCAACAAGAAGACAACACUAGAUACGUAUCUGACUAUUCUUUCGAUUCUAUGCAACCACAUGGAUCGGGACAAGACGAACACCUCGACAGAAUCAUCGAACACCUCAAGAGCCCAUCCGGAGAGUUCGAUCGACUCGUUGCUGGAUACAUUGAGGAAGGAGGAGAUGGAUUUGCGCCGUCUACUUCAAGCGGAUCCAUCCGGACAUCUUCAGAAACGCGUGAAACAUUUUCGCCGGGUUCCCUAG